AUGACGACAGCUUCAACAGACUAUCAAGAUCUUAAGAUCAAGCUAAACCGACCAACGUUUUCAACUCGUGGACCACUAUUCUUCUGGGAGAAGUCUCCAGAGCGUGUUAACUUUAGGCUUCUAUCCAUCUGUCCAUGGAAUCCCGACAAUUCUAGUCUUAAAACUGUUACCAAAGAGCAUUGUUGCGGAGUUGGUUCGAAGGACAAAAUGAGUAAUGGAAAUAAUAAGAACGCUAAGAGUAUUGGGGAAAUACUCAAUAAGGAGCCUGAUUUCGUGAAAAAUAGUCCGUUAGAUCGGUUUUUCGAGGAUUUCAAGUGCAAAUUUGUGAAUCGAAUUACUUACAAUGGUGACGUGCCUGUUUAUGAAGAAGUUGGAUGUACAAAUUACUUAGAAUUUGGAAAACUAUGUUUAAAAUAUCUGGAGACACUGGCGUCCGUUGCAAGUUCAGGAGCUGCCGAUAGACUUAACCACAAGGAUGCGAGUCAAUUGAUUCCAAUCUCGCUGAAUGAUAUGAAGUAUUUCGAUCUUUUGCUGAAUUUAAUUGUUGUGCACUGCUUCACGGCUAAUUUGCCCGCAAAUGUUGGUAUUCCCAUAGAUCAGCGAAGAUUUGAUGCACUCGGGAAGACUGAUCACAAAUUUGACAUCCCUGCGGGCCACACAGCAGAUUUGGAAAUGCUUGCACUUUCGUGUGACACUGUGUAUGGAAUUUUGGUGAGUUCGUCAAUACAAGAAAAUAUCGUCUCCAAGUUAAUGCUCAAGGGUACUGGCUUUACUGAUGUGGUUACUGCGGCCAUCGCCCUUCAGUGUUUGGGAAGCCAAUCUGAAAGAUAUACCGAAAUGAUAGAUAUUUUGGAAAACCUUGUCGAGACAUACCAGCUUUUUUCGCUUUACACUUUACUUCUGAAUACAUCUUCAGAACCAAGAUUUAGACAGGUUCUUUUGAGUCGCUUGACGGUGCUGUCAAUGGUAAGGAAAGACGGCAUUUCUAGCCUAGUUGAUUUUGUGGUUGGCAUAAGAGAAGAAGAAGAGAUCGACAUGGCAAAAUAUGACAGAGUCGCUCACAUACUCGUCUCGAAGCCCAAAAGUAUUAAAAAUGUUGCCUAUUUUUCUGCAAUAUUUGCUCAAAUUUAUGAUUGCCUCGUAGACUUCAACAAGCCAGUUCUCACGAGUUGUAUUAAUAAUGCUAUUACGAUAUUCUAUUUGAAGAAUAAGCGUAUACCACUGGAUUUUUUAUUCAAGCGGAUUUUCAGAGUACUGUACAACACUAGGAACAAGGCCUUUUCCUCCAAGGAGCUCAAUGAUACGAUCAAUGUUUUAAUUUCGUUAUCCAAAAACACAUCUUUUGAUUUGCUGUCCGAAAUUAUAUCACCUACUCAUGGCUCAUUCUUCCAAGCCUUAUGGGGGUAUGCUUUGUUUCUACGGAAACAUCAACGACUGCAGCCUGGACCGCAAUCCAAUGGCACGGAAGCUAAACCAUAUUAUAUGGUUAUAUUAAGCCUUAUAAAAUCGUACGCUCUUGUCUCAGAAGAAAAUCGUGCACUCAAUUGCAUCAUGGAUCAUUUGGUGGCAUUUGAGCACGACGAGUGGGGCUACGCCAUUGAUUUCGAAACACAGUUGCCCUAUAUGUAUUCCAAGAACAAGGAAGUCACAAAUCUGAAACCGCUUACCAAGGAUGAUAGAAUAAUGAAAUUACAAGAAAUGUUUUCUGACAUUGAUUUAGGCAUUGAAAUGUUCAUGCAACUAACAAGGCUGUUUAACGACCACCGGCUUACAAAAAAGGUCUUCUUAUGCACCACAGAACGAUGGGUCAGAGGAAAUCAGCUUGCGAGACAGAGUCACACCGAUGAAGAUGACAUUCAGAGCAAUCUGACAGCACUGAUAGACCUCAAGAUUCUUGAGAAAAUGAACGAAGUUUUCAAGGCAGACAUUUUGAAAGACCCAAAAGAUCUUCUCGCUCUCAUCGAUGAGCUCCUAGACCUUAAACCUGAAGAAGUCAGCACUUUCUCAUCUCCUGGGGAAGAUUCUGAUGAUGAAGAAAAUUCUGAUGACGAGGAUGGUUACGUCGCCUCCGAUGACGAGAGCAGCAGGGUGUUUCAUAGAAACGUUCCUAGUGCCUCUGUAACUCUUUUCGAACUUCUAGGCGCUGUUUUGCAUUCCACACCUAAAAUGGAAUUGUUGCGUUGUCAAGGACAGUUGAAAUCUAUCAGCCAGAAGCUUUCGCAGAUGGAAGAUAGAUCACACACGCAGCACUUGAUGGACCAAAUUAAUUCUUUAUUGCAGGAUAGCACCGGUAACAGCAUCCCUUUCGAGGACUUAGACAGGUUCGAUGCAGACACCGAACUUUUGCAAAAGGCUAACAGCUACCUCAAUGACUCGAUUGCUCCCGUGAGGGCGCAAGGUCUCUAUCUGCUGCGCAGUCUGAUUUACAAAAAAUCGGGCCUUCUUGACGCUAAAAGCGUGCUGGAUCUCCAUAUGCGCCAAUUGCAAGACCCUGAUCCGUUCAUUUACCUAAAUGCGAUCAAGGGCUUGACGUUACUGUGCGAAAUGUGUCCCGAAAUUUCUGAAUCGUAUCUGACAACCUUUUACCGUAACUGUUCAGGAGAGGCAUCUUUGGAGGACAUUUUGAAAGUUGGCGAGGUGCUGACGCACCGCGUCACUACUUUAGGCGAAUUGUUUGGCGGACAAUUUGGCCACCAGUUGGUUUCGGCAUGUCUAGAAAAAGUGCGACAGCACGGACAAACAGAUGACAGACUGCGGAUGUCAGCGAUGUCGCUGCUGGGCGCGUGCGUGAGAAAUAACGUCCUGGCUGUUCGGCGUCAUAUUAACGACAUGCUGGGCUGUUGCUUCGGCAUCUUGCGCCUCGAGAAGGCCAAUCAAACCAAAACACAGGCUUCUGAGAUCAUGCGGCGUUCUGCCGUGCAUCUCAUUCACGACCUAGUUGUGAGCUCUGACCUUUCAAUCCUAGCCCGACCCUACGACGUAACUACUUUACUGACAUUGCUGAAAAAUGUCGCACAGCAGGACAACGACUAUUUAGUGUGCGAAGAUGCAGCUUCAGUAAUUAAGUUGCUAGAAGCGGAGCGCGUUGCCGAAGUUUCUAGAACAUUUACGGUGUCUUCGAAAGACAUGAGCAUUGUUAACCAGCUACGACUGUGA